AUGGCUCCUCCUCAAGCCGGAUCGAAGAAGCGGCGUCGCGAGCCCGCCAAUGUCGACGUCAAGCUGGUAGAGAUCUACGAGGACCUCGCCAGCGAAAAGGACGAGAUCCGACUCAAGGCCGCACAGGCGCUUGUCUCGCAGUUCACGCCGGACAAGAGCCCGGCCGACGAGCAGAUUAAGAAGGCGCUGCAGCGACUGUUCCGCGGUCUCUGCAGUAGCCGCAAAGCUGCGCGCAUUGGUUUCUCCAUUGCGCUGACCGAGGUCCUCACGCAGAUUUUCUCGGCCCCGCGAGAGUCGACGCAGUUCGGGCUGUCGGACGCUCUUCAGAUUUGGGAGUCGCAGUCUAACUCCUCGGGUAGCGAGUCGGGACAGGAGCAACGCGAUCAUGUCUUCGGUCGUCUUUUUGGCGCAGAAGCUAUUAUCAAGUCGUCGGUCCUCUUCCAGCCCGCGGUGCCUUUUACGCAAUGGACCAAGGUCCUCGAUCUGGUCUUUGAACUGUCCCAGAAAAAGCCAUGGAUUCGGGAAGAAUGUGGAUGGAUUGUCUAUCGCUGUGUCUACGACCUCUCGUCGCGCAAGAUGAACGCCAAGUUUGCGGAGGCUGCUCUGGAGCGCUUGUGCUCGCACGACCUGGCUCGGUCGCCCGAGGGUGUUGCGAUCUGGCUGGCGGCUAAGGACAUGUUCCCUACUGCCGAAUUCCCGAGCAAGGCCUGGAAGCAUGAUGAUCCCUUAGAUACCAAGGAGCGCAACAGUUUGUCGAAAAUCAUGAAGGAGUCGUCCGCCGCUGACAGCGAGGACGACAACCAGGCAAAGAAUGCCAAGUCUUCCGGAGUGUGGAAUUCCAAGCUUCAUUUUGCUUGGGACGCGGUGUUGUCUCGGACCAGUGAUGGAAGCCCCAAGUCGAAGACAUCCAAAUCGUCUCGUUUGAGCUUUGCUGAUUUUUGGACGGAGGUUGUGGAUAACGGGCUGUUUGCUUCGGCAUCAUCCGACGAACGCAAGUACUGGGGCUUCCUCCUGUUCGUCAAAGUCCUCAAUGAGGGUUCGCCGCAGCAAGCCUCGCACGUGUUUACGAAAAAUCUCGUGCGAUGCCUGAUGAACCAGCUGGCCGUUGAGGACCGGUACCUGCACCGCAUGGCCGUCAAAGCCAGCAAAGCAAUCCAGGGCCGAGUCUCGAAAGAGCCCGGGUUUGCGGCGCCGGCGGUUCGUGGCCUGAUGGCGACCAGCGGGACCGUGAAUUUCGACCAGGCCACGAAGACGAAGACCGUCGAGAAGAUCGUGGCCGAGGCUAGCGCCGAGGCUCUCAAGGAGAUUGUCCCCUUGUUCGAGCAGCUCAUGCGGCGCCCCGGCACGAGCGACGAAAAGGCCGCUGCGUCCAGCCGCCAAUUCCUCGCGGGCCUGCUUCUCACCACCGUGCGAUCGAAGGCUUCUACGACCGGCGAUUCUGCGGAUGAGUUGCAACCAGUCCUCGAGCAGAUCUUGUUCAUUUUCGUGCGUUUUGCGUACUUCACGGAUAGUGGGAAUAGCUCAACUGCCCCUGAACCGGCUGUCACUCAGCCCACGCAGGAGCUGUUGAGGAACCGCAUCAACUCUUGCUUGAACAGUCUCCUGGCAUCUCAGAAGUAUGCCGCCACUCUACCGUACGCGGUCGUCCGCCAGAUCCGCGAUGCCGUCAAGUCCGGGGAAUAUGGCAAAUUCAUCAUCGAAAUGGACGAUACUCUACAGAACUCGGUGAAGACAGCCUUCAAGUCACUGAAGAAGCUGUCGAGCAAGGAAAAGAAGGGAGAGACCUCUGGUGUUGCCGCAUUCAAGCUCCUCUACUCCAUGACCAUCUUGCAAGUGUACAGCGGAGACGCCGAUGCCGUGUCUAUGCUGGACGAGUUAGAGUUCUGCUACUCCAAGUUCCUGGGAGACCAGGAUUCUAAGAAGGGGGAUACUUCCGACGCAUCGGAUGCGCUGGUGGAGAUUCUGCUGAGUUUCGCAUCGAAACAGUCGCAACUGUUCCGUCGCAUGAGCGAGCAGGUGUUUGGUGCUUUUGCGGACCAGGUCACAGAGAAUGGGUUGGAGUCGCUGAUCUCGAUUCUGGAGGCCAAGGAAAGUCUGGCUGGACAGCAGGAAAUGUUCGAAGAGCAGGAUGAAGGCGAAGAUGAAGAGGAAGACGACGAAAAGGACGAGGAUGCGGAAAUGAUUGACGCCGACGAGCUCGACAGCGACGUAGAAGUCGUGGAAGCAGACGGCGGCUCGGAUGGCUCUGACUCGUCGAAUGAUGACGACGAUCACGACGACGACGACGAAAAAGAAGGAGAAGGGGAAGGGGAAGAUGCCCUCGAAGUAGCCGCCUUCGAAGCCAAGCUCGCCGCCGCCCUUGGCACCCACCGCGCCGACCAAGACCUCAACGCCGCCGAAUCCGACUCCGACGCCGACAUGAACGACGACGAGAUGGAGCAAGUCGACGCGCAACUCGCCCAAGUCUUCCGCGCACGCAAGCAAGUCGCGUCCCAGCGCCAGGACAAGAAAGACGCGCGCGAGAACAUGAUCAACUUCAAGAACCGGGUGCUAGACCUGCUCGAGAUCUUCGUGAAGAAGAGCCACUCGCGGCUACUGGCUCUAGACCUGCUGCUGCCGCUGCUGCGACUGGCGCGGCGGUCGACCGUCAAGCAGAUUGCCAACAAGGCCAACGCCGUGCUGCGCGAGUAUACCAAACUCUGUAAAGGCAGUGCCGUGCCUCCGAUCAAUGGGUCUGACGAGGCGAAGCCUGUUUGGGAGCUGCUUCGUUCUGUUCAUAAGGAGGCAGGGCAUAGUGGGCCGCCGAUGCAUGCGACUGCGUGCAGCCAGGCGAGUUUGCUUGUGGUGAAGGUUUUGGUGGCGCAUGAUAAGAAGGCUAUCGCUCAUGUUGUCGAUGUCUAUGCUGCGACGCGCAAGGAGCAGCUGGGGAGUACUAAGUGCCAUGUGCAGCCGACAUUCUUUACGGACUGGAAUAAUUGGUGCGUGUCGGCGAGCAAGCAGCUGAAGAACUAG